AUGAUCUGCGAUGUUUGCGAUGCAAGCCUGUUCAAACUCUCACGGUUAAGAGUUCCGAGAUAUAAGCAUUCCACCUCAACGUCGCCACCUGAAAGCCCAAUACUCCGGUGA